GCCAAUUAGAACGUGGCAAGUCAGACAAGUUCAAUUUCGGGAGGUGGGGAGCGUGAUUUCAGAAGUCUUUCUAGUUUGUAUGAAACCACAAGCCAAAGAUCAAUUUGUAACUUCACUUUAGGAUUGAUCAAGCUCUACAGAGAUUGCUAAUAAUAGACAGUUACUAGUUUAAAGGGAGAAGUCUCACUCGUUACACGGAUAGCAUCCCAUUGGAAAACCUGACAAUGAGAAAGAUAGCGCUGCUGCUAAUUGUCUUGCUUGGCGUUGCCCACUUUGCCACUGUCAUCCAAUGUGAAGAAGAUGGUAAGUAGCUAGCUAACGUUAGUUAGUAAUUAAUUAAGUUAGUCAGGUCGUUUACACGCUAGUUGGCUUCUCCUGUCGUUAUAAUUGUUGGCCGGUCAGCUCUUAUUCAUUAGCUAGUUGGGUAACUAGCUAGCUAGUUGUUAACUAAACUGCUGGCUAGUUUUUAUAGAAUGUUGUGUGUGCACGCGCGUAAUGUUGCAGCAUGGUUUUGUUUAGCCCUUAUCAUGACUACAAUUCCAUUGCAUAACAUUGGGUCAAUGGACGACCCAUUUCUUUAACCUUGUGAGGAAAGUGCCCCAACGCUGCACAAAUGUUAUGUAUAAACGCAAAUACACCUCAAUUCUCUAAUACAAAAGAUACAAUUACUGUACGCAGUUCAAUACAUCCACCAGGUGUGGUAUAUCAAGAAGCUGAUUAAACAGCAUGAUCAUUACACAGGUGCACCUUGUGCUGGGGAAAAUAAAAGCCCACUCUAAAAUGUGCAGUUUUGUCACACAACACAAUGUCAAGUUUUGAGGGAGCAUGCUGACUGCAGGAAUAUCCACCAGAGCUGAUAAUUUAAUGUUAGUUUCUCUACAAGAAGCCACCUCCAACAUUGUUUUAGAGAAUUUGGCAGUACGUCCACACAACCGCAGACCACAUGUAACCAUGCCAGCCCAGGACCACAUCCGGCUUCUUCACCUGCGGGAUCGUAUGAGACCAGCCACCUGGACAGCUGAUGAAACUGGGUUUGCACAACCAAAGAAUUUCUGCACAAGCUGUCAGAAACCGUCUCAGGGAAGCUCAUGUGCGUGCUCAUCGUCCUCACCAGGGUCUUGACCUGACUGCAGUUCUGCAUCGUAACUGAGUUCAGUGGGCAAAUGCUCACCUUCGAUGGCCGCUGGCACGCUGGAGAAGUGUGCUCUUCAUGGAUUAAUCACGGUUUCAACUGUACCGGGCAGAUAGAUGGCAGACAGUGUAUGGCGUCGUGUGGGCGAGAGGUUUGCUGAUUUCAACGUUGUGAACAGAGUGCCCCAUGGUGGGGUUAUGUGGUCUGGGCAGGCAUCAGCUACGGACAAUGAACACAAUUACAUUUUAUCGAUGGCAAUUUUAAUGCACAUAGAUACUGUGACAAGAUCCUGAAAUGGUGGUCACAACAGAUACUGACUGUUUUUCUGAUCCACGCCCCUACCUUUUUUAAAGGAAUCUGUGACCAACAUACUCAUCUUUAUUCCCAGUCAUGUGAAAUCCAUAGUUUAGGGCCUAAUGAAUUUAUUUCAAUUGACUGAUUUCCUUAUACUGUAUGAACUGUAACUCAGUAAAAUGUUCCAUGCCUUCAGCUGAGAACCCAAAAGGGGGGCCUGCUGUAAGCUCCCCUGGGUUUUCGAGAGCUAGGUUUUGUUGCAACCCAAACCCAACUGCACUGUCCUGGCUAUUGUUGCUAGACAUUCUGUUGAUUUCACACUGUUAUCCAUGAUGUUUGCAGAUGUAGCAGAGGAAGUCGACGAGGGUGAUGACAGUGAUGAUGAAGAGGAGGAUGAAGAUGAUGGAACAGAGGUGAAGGAUGAGAAUGGAGUGUUGGUCCUGACCGACAACAACUUCGACACGUUCAUGGAGGGCAAGGACACUGUGCUGGUUGAGUUCUAUGCCCCAUGGUAAGUUUGCAUAAAGGGAGAGUUCACAGUAAUGAAGUCAAUAUUUGUCAGUCAUUGGAGACGUGUCCAUCCACAUCAUCUAUUGUGCAGCUCCUGGUAGCCAAUAUGCAGUAGGAAAACCCGGCAGGCCUUAAUCUCAAAUAUGCAUGGGAUAUCUGCACCACUGAAAUCAUUUCCCCCUUGAUUAACACUUCUCUAAUCUGUUCUCAUCCCCUCUCCCAGGUGUGGCCACUGUAAGCAGUUUGCUUCUGAGUAUGAGAAGAUCGCCCAGAGUCUGAAAGAGAAUGACCCCCCUAUCCCUGUGGCCAAGGUGGACGCGACCAAGGCCAGUUCCUUAGGGAGUAGAUUCGAGGUGUCGGGAUAUCCCACCUUCAAGAUCAUGAAGAAGGGGGAGCCUGUGGAGUAUGAUGGAGCCAGGAAUGAGCAGGGUAGGACAACCACUAACAAGACUGAGCUAAUAGCCUGACUGUCUCUGUUUCUCUAUUUGACUACGCUAGUACAUCUUCACCUUGUUUGACUGAAGCGGAAACAGACUGGUACACAGGCUGCUAACUUAGUUUCACUUCAGUAACAUUGCUAAUGUCUAAACUGUGAUUGUGUUUCAGUCAUUGUGGCGCGAGUGAAGGUAACCCAGCCGGACUGGAUUGCAACCCCCUUCCAGUUUAAGUUUAGUAGUAUUAUUAAUGUGGUAACUGUGGCUGUGUUUCAGCCAUUGUGGCUCGAGUGAAGGAGGUGGCCCAGCCGGACUGGAAGCCCCCUCCAGAGGCCACAUUGGUGCUGACCAAGGACAGCUUUGACGAGGUGGUCAACAACGCUGACAUCAUCCUGGUGGAGUUCUAUGCCCCAUGGUCAGUCCCACUUCAUGUCCUUUUCUCCUUUGCUUUAUCUGCACUGAUCUGAUGCAUAAAAUCUAUCACUUCCUUUGUGUUUUCCAACCAGUAAAGGAGCGGAGGAGAUGAAGCUUCAUGACUGUUGUUCCUGCCUUACGAAGCUUUAUGGUGCUGUUAUAACUGUCCCUCCAGGUGUGGCCACUGUAAGCAGCUGGCUCCAGAGUAUGAGAAGGCAGCCAAGGCCCUGAGCCAGCGCUCUCCUCCCAUCCCCCUGGCCAAGGUAGACGCCACCCAGGAGAAGGACAUCGCCAUCCGCUUCGGGGUGUCGGGGUACCCCACCCUCAAGAUCUUUAGGAAGGGGAAGGCCUUUGACUACAACGGACCCAGAGAGAAGAUUGGUACGUCCACACUUCAGACUGUUUCAGACACUACCCCAUGACUAAAUAUAUCUGCUAACAUUAUGGAUUUUAGGACACAUCCCAUGUUAAUGAUAAUAGCCGAGCGUACUAACUAAUCUGUGUUCUCUCUGUGUAGGAAUCGUUGACUAUAUGAGCGAGCAGGCGGGGCCUCCCUCCAAGCAGGUUCAGAUGGUGAAACAGGUGCAAGAGUUUAUCAAAGAUGGCGACGACGCUGUCAUAGUGGGCGUGUUCUCCUCGGAGCAGGAUACGACCUACGACCUCUACCUAGAGGCCUGUAAGUAUUCAAUCUUUUUUUAUUAACAAUGCUUUGGUGUACACAGUAUGCAGGGUUCGCACAAGGUGCUUUACGUGCUUAAAGUACUUGAAUUUGGCACUCUGAAAUUCAAGUACUGGAAUACCUUGAAAAUCUGACAUUUUCUCAAAUUGGUACUUGAAUUAAAAUGAGAGAACAGACAAUGAUCAAAUAUUAGAAAAAUGUAUUGGUCUUGUGAAUUAAUUUCCAGGCAGACUACAGAGUUUUAUUUCCUCACGUGUUUUGCGCUGUGGUUGCCAGGCGAGCUCACUCAUUCCACCCACACUGCCACUUAGCUUGGCAGGUACAGAACUGACUGAUUAGGCGCCGCCAAACGUCACAUCGAUAGCUAAAAAGACGGUAAAAUGUAGAUUCAAUCCUGCCUUUUGUGCGUAUGGAAAAUGUCUGGGAUAUUUUAUUUCAGCUCAUGAAACAUGGGACCAACACUUUACAUGUUGCGUUUUAUAUUUUUGUUCAGUAGAGUUUACCUACCUUUUUUUACCACUACAUCACUGGACCCAACCAACCCACACCGUGUAAGGUGAAAAGCAUGCGUCAGACUUUGACAUUGCGAGCUUUGGUGAAAUCGGUCCUGAAGAGACUCAUGAAGGGGGAAAGACACAACGCUGCAUCCUACGCUGGCGCCAGUUCUACAUUUACUUUUUCACUGCAACAACCUCCAGAGCUUUUCUGCCAAUCGCCUCCUUCACGGGGCGCCUGCAAUAUUCCGCUUAAUCAAGUGGCAGCCGUUCUGGUGGCCGUUCACUUGCCGUUUUCCUCAAACAACCCAUCCGCCCUUCUCUCGACCGGAAGCAAGACACUUCAUUAAGUAGUAGAUUCCCAAAUGCACAAUUAAACCCCUACAACUUAUCCAGAACGCUGCAGCCCGUCUGGUGUUCAACCUUCCCAAGUUCUCAUGUCGCCCGCUCCUCCGCACACUCCACUGGCUUCCAGUUGAAGCUCGCAUCUACUACAAAACCAUGGUGCUUGCCUACGGAGCUGUGAGGGGAAAGGCACCUCCUUACCUUCAGGCUCUGAUCAGACCUUACACCCAAAUGAGGGCACUACGUUCAUCCACCUCUGGCCUGCUAACCCCCCUACCUCUACGGAAGCACAGUUCCCGCUCAGCCCAGUCAAAGGUAUUCGCUGCUCUGGCACCCCAAUGGUGGAACAAGCUCCCCCACGACGCCAGGACAACGGAGUCACUGACCACCUUCCGGAGACACUUGAAACCCUACCUCUUUAAGGAAUACCUGGAAUAGUAUAACAGUAAUCCUUCUACUCCCCCACCCCCCAUUAAAAAAAAUAAAGGGUGGUUGUCCCACUGGCUAUCCUAAGUUGAAUGCACCAAUUUGUAAAUCGCUCUGGAUAAGAGCGUCUGCUAAAUGACUUAAAUGUAAAUGUAAUUAAGCUGGAAUUGUGUAGUAAUGCGAAUAGGAAACGUUUGUUCACCAGUAGGCAUGUCCCAAAACUCUGCUCAUCACUACUCAAAAUACAAAAUCAUCAAUACUGACUUACCACUUCUGUACACUAUAUAUACAAAAGUAUGUGGACACCCCUUCAAGUUAGUGGAUUCUGUUAUUUCAUCCACCUGUUGCUGACAAGUGUAUAAAAUCGAGCACACAGCCAUGCAGUCUCCAUAGACAAACAUUGGCAGUAGAAUGGCCUUACUGAAGAGCUCAGUGACUUUCAACGUGGCAACGUCAUAGGAUGCCACCUUUCCAACAAGUCAGUUCGUCAAAUUUCUGCCCUGCUAGAGCUGCCCCAGUCAACUGUAAGUGCUGGUAUUGUGAAGUGGAAACGUCUAGGAGCAACAACAGCUCAGCCACAAAGUGGUACUCCACACAAGCUCACAGAACGGGACCGCCGAGUGUUGAAGCAUGUAAAAAUCGUCUGUCCUAGGUUGCAACACUCAGUACCGAGUUCCAAACUGCCUCAAAGCAACGUCAGCACAAGAACUGUUCGUCGGGCGCUUCAUGAAAUGGGUUUCCAUGGCCAAGCAGCCGCACACAAGCCUAAGAUCACCAUGCGCAAUGCCAAGCGUCGGCUGGAGUGGUGUAAAGCUCGCCGCCAUUGGACUCUGGAGCAUUGGAAAGGCGUUUUCUGGAGUGAUGAGUCAAGCUUCACCAUCUGGCAGUCCGCCAAACCCAGAUUUGUCCGUCGGAUGCCAGGAAAACGCUACCUGCCCGAAUGCAUAGUGCCAACUGUAAAGUUUGGAGAAGGAAUAAUUGCCUCGGGCUGUUUUUCAUGGUUUGGGCUAGGCCCCUUAAUUCCAGUGAAGGGAAAUCUUAACGCUACAGCAUGCAAUGACAUUCUAGACAAUUCUGCGCUCCCAACUUUGUGGCAGUUUGGGGAAGGCCCUUUCCUGUUUCAGCAUGAGAAUGCCCCCGUGCACAGAGCAAAGUCCAUACAGAAAUGAUUUGUUGAGAUAGGUGUGGAAGAACUUGACUGGCCUGCACGUAGCCCUUAUUUUCAGGUCUCUCCAGAGAUGUUCGAUCGGGUUCAAGUCCGGUCUCUGGCUGGGCCACUCCAGGACAUUGAGACUUGUCCCGAAGCCACUCCUGCGUUGUCUUGGCUGUGUGCUUAGGGUCAUUGUCCUGUUGGAAGGUGAACCUUCGCCCCAGUCUGAGGUCCUGAGCGCUCUGGAGCAGGUUUUCAUCAAUAAUUUAUCUGUACUUUGCUCCGUUCAGCUUUACCUCGAUCCUGACUAGUCUACCAGUCUCUGCAGCUGAAAAACAUCCCCACAACAUGAUGCUGCCACCACCAUGCUUCACCGUAGGCAUGGUGCCAGGUUUCCUCCAGACGUGACGCUUGGCAUUCAGGCCAAAGAGUUCAAUCUUGGUUUCAUCAGACCAGAGAAUCUUGUUUCUCAUGGUCAGAGUCCUUUUAGGUGCCUUUUGGCAAACUCCAAGCGGGCUGUCAUGUGCCUUUUACUUAGGAGUGGCUUCCGUCUGGCCACUCUACCAUAAAAGCCUGAUUGGUGGAGUGCUGCAGAAAUGUUUGUCCUUCUUGAAGUUUAUAUCUCCAUAGAGGAACUCUGUCAGAGUGACCAUCGGGUUCUUGGUCACCUCCGAUUGCUUAAUUUUGCCGGGCGGACAGCUCUAGGAAGAGUCUAGGUGGUUCCAAACUUCUUCCAUUUUAAGAAUGAUGGAGGCCACUGUGUUGUUGGGGACCUUCAGUGCUGCAGAAAUGUUGUGGUACCCUUCCCCGGAUCUGUGUCUCGACACAAUCCUGUCUCGGAGCGCUUCGGACAAUUCCUUCAACUUCAUGGCUUGGUUUUUGCUCUGACAUGAACUGUCAACUGCGGGACCUUAUAUAGACUGGUGCCUUUUCAAAAUCAUGUCCAAUCAAUUGAAUUUACCACAGGUGGACUCCAAUCACGUUGUAGAAACAGCUCAAGGAUGAUCAAUGGAAACAGGCUGCACCUGAGCUCAAUUGAGUCUCAUAGCAAAGGGUCUGAAUACUUAAGGGUGUUUUUUUUAUUUUUAAUAAAUUUGCAAACAUUUCUAAAAACCUGUGUGCUUUGUCAUUAUGGGGUAUUGUGUGUAGAUUGAGGGAAAAUGUAUUUAAACCAUUUUAGAAUAAGGCUGUAACGUAACAAAGUGGAAACGUCAAGGGGUCUGAAUACUUUCCGAAUGCACUGUGUGUAUAUAUAUCUAGCUAGCUAGCACACGAGACACCUGUCUGAUUUCAUGCCUGUCUCAGUGGACUAAUCCAUUGCAGAGGCUACGAGGAUGGCACACCAGUAGUACAUUUAUCGUUAAUUCCCACCAUUUAUAAUCUACAAUCUUUGUUUGGUUAUGGUCAUUUGUUAAUGCAUUCGAAUUGUUGUUGUUAUUAUUAUUAGUCAUUUACCGUUCUCCUUGUCGAAGUGGACACGUUUGCGUACUGCACAACCUAGGUUACACUUGUGAGGAACAAGUGUUGGUUUAUUUCAUUCCAUUUACAAGUUGUCAAUUUAUUCAUUGUCUUUUGUUUUGUAGCGUGCUUGUCAAUGUUGCGUAAGGGCACACACCUGAUUUCUAUUUGAAGUAGGCCUAGGCUACCUGGCCUGCGUGCAAAUGUAAGCCUAUAAAUGUGCCCAUUUGCGGAUCUGAUAUUAUUUCUGAUUCUUAGGCUCCACAGUGGUGGUGAGUUCUCAAAGUAUUUUUUUCUUCACCUCAAACAGCAAGUAAACAGUCUGUUUUUACAUCCAUUGAGAGGCUAUGUUGAGGAACUAUUGUCAAUUUGAAAAAUCUUUCCAGCUCUCUUUCGAUAACCACUCCGCAUGAUAGGGGAAAAAAAUGUCAUGCUCUGAUCCGGUGGAAACGUCAUAAAAUAGGCUUACCUGAUUACUUCUUAUCCCUUGCGCAAAAUAGCCUACAGCUGUGUCUGUCCGGAGCUCACUGGGACAGGAAACUGAGGGCUCAGGAUAUUUUAUACAAUGUUGCAAGUUUGAUAGCACCAGCUUCAGGCCUGACCAAGUUAAUAGUUGAUACAAUGUUUCAAGUUCCUUGCAGACAGGCCAUGCGUAGCCAAUGUGAUUUAUAGAUUUAUUUUUCAGGAUAUUUUCUACCUGCUAUUAUUUACGUAGUUGGCAAUAUAAGUUACUUUUAGAAUUUUGAUUAACCACAUAAUGAUUUUGAGAUACGAAGGCUUUAUUAUAAAUGAAACUGUUCCACGAAAAUGUGCGUAUGAAAAUCAUAACUGGCACGCAGAUCGGUAGAAAUGGUAAGAUAAAUUGCCAUUCUAAAUGGAAAAGGUUGACGACCCCUGUGUAGUCUAUUACCUACCGGUAACUUCAGGAGCUUAAUGGCAGAAUCUGCAAAGGCAACAACAACAGUGUUUUUGUUGUUUUUCUGGUUAGGCUUUCUUGCUCUCUGGCUCCCUCUUGUGUCAUUUGUGUGUCUUGAUUAUUUAAUCACAGUGUGCUUAAAGCAUAAGACAAGCUCAGUAGCCUACAUACAGUGUAGUUGAUUUUGUUAAAAGACAUAGGGUGUGUCUAUAUAGGGAAAACUACACGUUUUAAAAUUGACCAAGAUGUUUUACAGCCCUAGAAACGACACAUUAUUGAGUAGGACUUGUAAGGUAGUGAUGAAUACUGUCUGCCCCCCCCCCCCAUGAGGUUGUGGCGAUAUACUGCCAUCUGGUGGCGACUAGAAACAAUUACUUAAUAUGAACUUCUCCAAAUUGAUGGUCCUUGAAAAUAAAUAUUAGUGCUUGAAAAAGUACCUAAGUCCUUGAAUUUGACUUGUCGCAGUCUUUACGAACCCGGAGUAUGACUAUACAUAGAAUGCUGUAUGUGUAGUAUUGAGGGUGUAUAGCAAAUUCCUGUGCUCCUGGUGAGGCUUUCUAAAGGGGAUCAAUAGUGAUUGUAUUGUAGCAUUGUGCUCAGUGUCCCUGUCCCUGGGUUCCCCUCCUCUCUGUCCUCCCAGGUCACGUUCUGAGAGAGGACUUCAAGUUCCUCCACACCUUCAGUUCAGACAUGGCCAAGCUCCUCAAGGCCUCCCCCGGCCAGGUCGUCAUGGUGCAGCCUGAGAAGUUCAGGUCCAAGUACGAGAAAGCUUCACACACACUCACCAUCAAAGUAAGUCUGUCCAUAAGGUGUGUGUGUGUUUGUCUAACCUCUAGUAGACUUCAAUGAAGCAUGCUCUCCUGACCUAAAGUGCUGAAAUGAUUUAUGUAUGUUUAAUGUUGUAAGAUCUGGCUUAUCUCUCCUUUCAGGACUCCACAGAGGUGUCUGAGGUGCAGGACUUUUUUAAGAAACACAUCCUGCCACUGGUGGGUCACAGGAAACAGAGCAAUGACGCUAAACGCUACACCAAGAGGCCGCUGGUCGUUGUAUACUACGGAGUGGACUUCAGCUUCGACUUCAGGAAAGGCGAGUGUCCUCAACUCCUUAUUUCCUAUGUUAUGUGAAUAUUGUCUCUUUCCAGAGUCUAAAGCUGCAUAGCUUCCAUAAUACCUUUUUGUCAGGUUGAAGGGCUGGAACAAAAGCCUGCACUGCCAGUAGCUCUCCUCCAGGACCUGCGGUUGGAGAACCUUGGCUGGGUUAAUUGCAACUCAUCUCAUGCCUCAUAACCCUUUCUAUCUCUGUUCCAGCCACCCAAUUCUGGAGGAGCAAGGUUCUGGAGGUGGCCAAGGAUUUCCCAGAAUACACCUUUGCCAUCGCUGACGAGGAGGAUUACUCAGACGAGCUGAAGAGCCUGGGGCUCAGCGACAGCGGGGAGGAAGUCAAUGUGGGGAUUCUGGGAGAUGGCGGCAAGAAGUUUGCCAUGGAGCCUGAGGAGUUUGACUCUGAGGUGCUGAGGGACUUCAUCAUGGCCUUCAAGAAAGGUGAGCUUCACCACAACAUGUUGUAUUGAGUUACAUAUUAACCUGAGUUGGGUUCCUUGUCUGCAGCCAGCCAAAUAUCAUCAGUAUGUGACAGGUCUUUAUUGCCAAUAUCGUGUAAUGGACUAUACAUUAGUGUCCGUUUCUGUCUCUCCCUCUCUGUAGGCAAACUGAAACCCAUCAUCAAAUCCCAGCCGGUGCCCAAGAACAACAAAGGCCCCGUGACGGUAGUGGUUGGGAAGACCUUCGACGACAUUGUCAUGGAUACCAAGAAAGAUGUCCUGAUCGAGUUCUACGCCCCGUGGUGCGGUCACUGUAAGAAGCUGGAACCCGACUACACCGCCCUGGGCAAGAAAUACAAGAACGAGAAGAACUUGGUCAUCGCCAAAAUGGACGCCACAGCUAACGACGUGCCUCACGACAGCUACAAAACAGAGGGCUUCCCCACCAUCUACUUUGCGCCUAGCAACAGCAAGCAGAGCCCAAUCAAAUUUGAGGGUGAGGAUAGAACCAUAGAAGGAUUUAGUAAGUUCUUGGAACAGCACGCCACAAAGUUAUCACAGAGCAAAGAUGAACUUUAAGAAUCUCUUUCUGAGUAGCUAAGAACUCUAACCAUGCCAGUGUAGAGACUACAGGUUCCAGGUGCCCUGGAGGAGCCGAGGGCAGAGACUGUCAAUUCCAAAUCAACCCUUCCUAGCCCCUACACCCUAGCCACCUAUG